UUUAAUCCGAGUAGCUCGACAAUGCUGAUCUGAUGUGAAAGUCCAACAAUAAAGAUCCAGGAAGCCCCGUUGAUAGCAUAUUGUUUGUAUCGUAUCAUGUAACCUUAUGGACAUUUAUUUAUCGCGUCGUUUCGUGUCCCCUGGAGACCCGCGGGGGCUGGGACAAAUGUGGACGCCGACGAGAGAAGAGGGCUGUCUGUGCGUCUGUCAACAUUGCCGGGGAUGAAAUGGUCGCGGGGUUUUUUUGUUUUUGUUUUUUUUCCCCCUUUUCUGAAUCUCAUUCUUACGCCUAGACCCUGGCAUCAUCUUUAAACUUUCACCAUGAGGAUCUUCAUGUCUCUUCUGAAAAACGCAAACCCCAAAAUCGAGUAUUACUCCAGAUUUUCUCCGUCACCGCUCUCCAUUAAGCAGUUUUUGGAUUUUGGCAGGGACAAUGCGUGCGAGAAAACAUCCUACAUGUUCCUGCGUAAGGAGCUGCCUGUGCGGCUGGCCAACACCAUGAGAGAAGUCAACCUGUUGCCUGAUAACCUGCUCAGCCAGCCCUCCGUCAGACUGGUUCAAAAAUGGUACAUGCAGAGUUUUGUGGAGCUGCUGGAUUACGAGAACCGAAAGCCAGAGGACCCUCACGCUCUGAACGAUUUCCUGGAGCUCUUGAUUGAGAUCCGUAACCGUCACAACGACGUGGUUCCCACCAUGGCUCAGGGAGUCAUAGAGUACAAGGAGAGGUUUGGCUUCGACCCCUUCAUCAGCAGCAACAUCCAGUAUUUCCUCGACCGCUUUUACACCAACCGCAUCUCUUUCCGCAUGCUCAUCAACCAGCACACUCUCCUGUUUGGUAAUGACACCAACCCUGCUCAUCCGAAACACAUAGGCAGCAUAGAUCCUAACUGCAGUGUUGCUGAAGUUGUCAGUGAUGCCUAUGACACAGCCAAGAUGCUGUGUGAGAAAUACUACUUGGCUGCUCCCGAGCUCAAGAUUGAAGAGUUCAACAUGAAGGCUCCUAAAAAGCCCAUCCAGGUGGUGUAUGUGCCCUCUCAUCUUUUUCACAUGCUAUUUGAGCUCUUCAAGAACUCAAUGAGAGCCACAGUGGAGCUCCAUGAGAACAGUAAAGAGGGACUACCACCAGUAAAGGCAAAGGUCACUCUGGGUAAAGAGGAUCUCUCCAUAAAGAUCAGUGACAGAGGAGGAGGAGUUCCUCUGAGAAAGAUAGACCGUCUAUUUAACUAUAUGUAUUCCACUGCCCCUACGCCGAGCCUGGAGCCAGGCGCCGUCCCCCUGGCUGGUUUUGGCUACGGUUUACCAAUUUCUAGGCUCUAUGCCCGAUACUUCCAGGGAGACCUGAAACUGUACUCCAUGGAAGGCGUUGGCACGGACGCUGUCAUCUAUCUGAAGGCCCUGUCCAGUGAGUCCUUCGAGCGCCUGCCUGUCUUCAACAAGUCGGCGUGGCGGCAUUACAAGACCAGCCCCGAAGCAGACGACUGGAGCAACCCCAGCAAAGAGCCACGUGAUGCCAGCAAGUCCAAAUACAAAGCCAACAGAUAACUCUGCCCAGCCUGCUAGCCCGGCCCCCUCGGCUGGGAGUCGAAAUGCCUGCAGUCUGACUGGAGCAUGUAUGAUGAAAUGUUGCCCUUGGGUAAAUUCUUGGUUUAGGAUCAGACUGGCUUUUACAUUCCGGUGGUUAAAUCUUUGGAAAAGAUGGAUGACCUUGACUUAACUCUGUACCCAAUGGCAAUGACCUUCAUCAGUGUAGCUUUUUAUUGUUGUGGCAUUACCACUGGCUCUCCCACGAUGGAGUUUAAAAUGAACCUCUUCCAAGUUUAUGGAUGCCCACUGUGUAACCCCCCACCCCCAUUUUAGAAUUUAUUUACUGGUUAUCUAGGUGAAUAUUUACAAUAUGUAAUGUUUUCUCUGUAAUGUCUGACCAGUACUUCAGCCUAAAUUCACUGCGUCACUGUUAACUCUCCCUCUGUCUCCCGCAUAGUCGGCUUUGCUGACUUGGCCACUGCUUCCUGUGGCUGAAUAAUGCGCUGCUGAUUGGGUGUCUUUCUCACCAUCGGUGAAGGCUUUUAUUCUGUUUCUCACGAGCAGAGUCAGGGGGUUUGAGUUUCAGUGCAAAUGGGGAAUGGAAGAGGUUUCAUUUCCUUCCUUUUAAAAGACACUUUGGACUGAACGCACAAUUAGGCCAGUGUGUCAUUGGCAUAGUAAAGACCUGUUCUGGUUGCACUCUAUUUAAGCCUGGGAAAUGAAAGAGGAUUUUACUAUAGAGGAGAAAGAGUGAUAACUCUUAUGGAAAAAAUUAUAGGAAAAAUUUCAUCAGAAAUACACCUUAUUUUUAAAGAUCUAGAAGUUGGGAUUUUUAUUUUGUCAAUCAGAGAAAGCCUUACUUCUAGAUAUAAAUAACUUAUAUGAUUUUUUUUUAAAAAUCUGCCUUGAAGGCUUUACUGGAACUUUAAGUUCAUUUAAAAAGGGAGAAUGUUAGAAAUGAAGGUAUUUUUGUUUAUCUUGUAAGUUAACCAACCGCCCACCUACAGAGUGCUAACCAGCAAUACUGACCCUCAUCAGACAUUUGUGCUCACAAGCCAACCCUGCACUCCGAAUUAACACCUACUAAAGGACCAAACGGCGCAUCUGUAUUCUGUUUAUGAAAUGCCACCAUGCCAGCUUUGUCUGUUAAGUAGCUUUAACCACACCAGCAUGAAGUAUCGUAUGAAUCCUCACAGAGGGGAAUGGAUGUGAUGCAUCUCCCGCGGACUGUAGUGGUGGGGUUACAUCCUUACGUCCCCUGCAUACUACAUACUUCAUCCUGCAGAUAUUUUAGACCUGCCAUGGUGGAUCCACAACACGCUCACAGCUCGGACUUGUCAUCCUAACAAUGCUUCCCGCAGUCAUCUCUGUGUCUCGCCUGUAGUGUUAAUAAUCCAUCUGGUUUUCUGAGUUUGAACAAAGCUCUUGUACUUUCAAAAUGUGCUUUUGUUUUUUAAUCUGGAGAACGACAGAAUUAGAAGAUACGGCUAACAUGCCGAAGGAAUUAAGGCAUGACAGGUUUAUAUUUAUUUCAUUUGGGAGCAAAGACACAGUUCGUGAACUACUUUAUCUCGAUUGUGCACUGUUUUCUUUUAAUGGUUGACAUUAGAACAGGAUUACUUUUUACAACAUUUUAUCAGGGUUUUUUUUUUUCACACUAGGUGUGUGGACAGUCUUCUUCGUUUUUCUUUAUUUAUAUUCUAAGAAGUUAAACAGCACUGAAACUUUGAGUUUUUGGGAAAGCCAGGAGGGGAACAUGUGGUUAGAGCAGCUGAGCUUCUAACCACUAAAGCAUCUGUAGGUACUGAAACAUUGUGUUAUACCAUCCAAUUUUUGUCACAUGAAUCAUGUUCAGGAACUCCUUUAGUGCACUUUACUAACUCUAAUAUACUUUCCUUCAAGUAAUUUUCAUACAUUUCAGACUUCUAUCAAUAUCAAGAUUUUUUUAAUGGAAUAUCUAUUAUGAUCAGAUCAGAUCCCACAUUUAAAACAUUAUUUCUGGAGUUACUGAAAAAAAAAAACCUUUAUCCAAUCCAAUGUGGCCUAAACCUGGACCUAUUUGUUAAAAUCAGAUGAUGGGGAAUUUCAAUAAUCUGAAGUGACUUCCUUUUCUCAUCUCCUUCAGCUCUUUCCAUCUGAUGUGAAAAGAAAGGAGUUUAGAUGAAGUAUUUUGAGAGCUGCUUCAGUAAUGGAGAGUUUCCUCAUCCUGUAUGUUCUCUGCUUUUCAGCCACUGUGUAAGGUUUCAUCACUGCCAAAGCCUUUGUGACCUGCCGGCCUCACUGAGUGAUCAUCAGUGACCAACCUGCUUUAAAGGAAGUGUUGUGUUGUAAACUAGAGACAAGACUCCUCUUCAUUUAAAGACCUCAGUUCACCACUUCUAACGUGUGGUUUCUUGUAAACUAGUCAGAAACUCUUAACAAUCAUUUCUGAUUUUCAUGAUUUAGAGGUCCAAGGAUCUUCCAACUUCAGUAGCUGUCAACCUUUACUGUUAAAGAAUGUCUCUGUACCAAUGGUAUUUUAGAAAAUGUUGUAUAUACAGAAUAACUGAAUAAUUUGUAUGCUGUAUAUGCAGCAAGUGUGGAGUGAUCACUGUUUUCCAUCCUACUGUACCUCCAGCUUAAAAUAAUGUAUUUGUAAGCAUGAACUCCUCACUGUGGAGGCAGUCAUGCAAAGAUAUGCAAAUAAUGCACCUUCAACACACACCAAAAAGGUGUCUAAUAAAGUGAUUCAGCAUGAAAUCAACUUACAGUACCCACUGUCAAAACUGACAAUAAAGAAAAUUGCUGUUGUG